UGGAGCUCUCCGGCACCGGCGGGUGGGACGUUGGCGGGGUUGCGCUGAGGGGCGUAAGAGGUGUCUGUCCACCUCCUAAGCCCGCCUCGGGUCGCGAUGUCGUCCGGGGCUGGGUCUCGGCGGCCGCGGGAGCCGCCGGAGCACGAGCUGCAGCGGCGGCGGGAGCAGAAACGGCGGCGGCACGACGCACAGCAGCUGCAGCAGCUCAAGCACCUGGAGUCCUUUUACGAGAAACCUCCCCCCGGGUUUAUUAAGGAGGAUGAGACAAAGCCAGAAGACUGUAUACCAGACGUGCCCGGCAAUGAGCACGCCAGAGAGUUUCUGGCUCAUGCUCCGACCAAAGGACUUUGGAUGCCGCUGGGGAGAGAGGUCAAAGUUAUGCAGUGUUGGCGUUGCAAACGGUAUGGCCAUCGAACAGGCGACAAAGAAUGCCCUUUCUUUAUCAAAGGCAACCAGAAGUUAGAGCAGUUCCGCGUUGCACAUGAAGAUCCCAUGUAUGACAUCAUUCGAGAGAAUAAAAGACAUGAAAAGGACGUAAGGAUCCAGCAGUUGAAGCAGUUGCUGGAGGACUCCACCUCAGACGACGAUGGCAGCAGCUCCUCGGGCGACAGAGAGAAGCACAAGAAACGGAAGAAGAAAGAGAAGCACAAGAAACGGAAGAAGGAGAAGAAAAAGAAGAAGAAACGCAAGCACAAGGCUUCCAAGUCUCAUGAGAGCUCAGACUCAAAGUGACAGCUGAUGGUGGCAUCCUCAGCACCAUCCGCAGACCAAAGGACAGAGCCACCGAGAGCGAGGGACGGGCACCUCACUGCCUCCUGGUGCCGAGUGACCACCGCAGAGCAGGUGGGCUCCCCGGUGCAGCUGCCCACACGGCACCAUGUCCUGUCCCCUGAUGGUCACUUGUGUCUGUGGGUGCCUUCCUAGGCCGCCUGCACUGGGAGGUGACGAGAGACUCAGAAGAAGCACUCUGGGGCACUGCCACGGCGUUUGCCCUCCAUGGUGUGGUAACUCAUUCUCCACGAGCUUAAGGCUUCACCCUUCUCUGUGCUUUGGGAUAAUAAAAUUUGUUUUAUUUUUUAAA